UUCAUUUCAAAAUGAACGGAAAAAAUCUUCAAAUUUCCUACAUAACAUCAGUUAUAAUUUAUUGUGUUAAUUCAGAAAUUUUUCAAUUAGAGCGGGCUACACAAAACCAACUAUCAUGUCCCAGUGGUGAAGAAUUGGUUAUCAAGUCAGCAACUUCAAACACAGAAUAUUUUAGAAAAGAGUGCAGUGAAAAAAAUUCUUGCAACCUAGUUUCGAAUAUAAAUGUUCGUAUUGAAUAUGCGUGUCUUCAAUGCAUCAAAACUAACAUAUGCACAAAUGGAUAUUGUAAAGACAAUAUAAAUCAAUUGAUUAAAGAAGAAAUCAAAAAAAAAAUUUCGGCAAAGAGAGUAAAGAGAAAUGACGGUCACGGCCCCGAAAAUGAAGAACCCAUCCUUCUUGCCGCUUUGUCCAAUAUGUACAAGUGUAUGGGAAAUGUUCAUACUACUCGAAUCGCUGAACGUGAUAAUCCAGUUACAGAAAGAAUGGAUAUGGAUGUCCAGCUUAACGGAAAUAGGAUAGUUCGAAUACCUGUAUUCAUAAAAGCAACUAUUUUUCGGAGACAUCUGAAAUCGUAUACAUCGCGUGAUACUUGGAAAACCGCAGUAAUAAAACAAAUGGAAGACAUGAACUUCAUAGAAGAAUAUGACGAAAAGGGUCAUUUAUUGGCUCAUUCGUUGGGAGGAAACGAAGAUGUACCAAAUAUAGUUCCAAUGGCGAAAAAUCUUAAUCGGCAUGGAGGGAAAGAUGAGGAACAGAGAGAUGCUUUGAGAGAAUUCGAUUUUCCACAAUCAGAAUGGAGAAAUAUCGAGGGCCGCUUGAAAAAAUUUCUUGAGAACAAUCCUGGUGGGCGAAUCGACUGGAUUCUCGGUUUGCGUUACGAAAAUGCAGUCCGGAAUAAUUUCCGCCCUACUCAUUUCAUAUCUCAAUUCAAUAGGUUCUCCUCAAUUAACCCUGAAAUCCUGGAGCAUCGAUCGGGCCAAAUAGUGUACAAAAACACCAAUGAUUUGUCCCCUUGGCUUGACUAUGAUCGUCCCAUCUAAAAAAAGUGUAUUUGGUGGCUUGUAAAACAUUCUUCUCAUCCAUCAUUGAUUGUGAUGUGAAAGAAAUCCAAAUAAAAAACUUUAACAAAGUAAUUUCUCGUGCGAUUUCAAUUUGCCUAUUUUACAUUCUUCUAACUGAAGAAAAGAUGCAGAACAUUUUAUUUCUUUUUCUUCCAACAUUCUUCUUUAGUUUUCACAUCGCUCCAAAUAUUUAAAACAGAUACCACAAGUAUUUUGGUCACUUUAGGCGCGAGAAUUGACUUUGUUAAAGUUUUUUCAUUUGAUAUCAGCUGUUUUGUGAUGAAAUGUCGAGAUAAAAUAAACAGUCUAUGUUACAUUUGAUUAUGAAUGCAAUAAAUUAUUAUAAAUCCCAACAAUAGUUCAUGCUAUUUCUUAUUCUUGGGCUAUUCAUUUUGCAUGUCCAUUAUUCUUUUUUUCACUAAUUACUCUUAAAGUUCAACUAUUACUGAACUAUUAGCUUCGAAAUUUGCCUUAGAUGACAAGAUAUGCGAACAAAUGCAAUGAUGAUGAUGAUCAGGACGAACUGAGCUGGAUUGUCGUUGAGUUCGUAAGCAUUGUUCCACGUUUUCGGAGACACGUUUUCGGAGAUUAACCAAAUUGGAGUUAAUUGUCGUUGGCAUUAGUCGGUGCAACACAUAGUAUUUGUUCCAAAAUUGCACAAACCUGGUGCACUUUGACGUUUGGUGCAAAGAUGAUUUUUUCAAUAAUCCGCGGAAAAAGUUUUCCAUUUGAGCAUUUUUUGAAUUUGAAUCUUGAUCUGAUCGAAGCGAUGGACUCUCCCUUUAUUGACGGAGUUCGUAUUAACGGUUUGCAUUAAACGAAUCAAUGCUUGUAUGUUGAUUUAACAUUUUGGUGACGAAAAUGUCACAUUGCUCGUCACGCC